CCGGUUGUUUACCUGCACGCUUUCUCGUGUCAGUGGAUCUGGUCGGUUGUUGUCGUUGAAUCUGAGCAAGUCCCUGUCUGUAGUUUUUACCGUCAGUACCAUGUCGUCAGUGGAGCUCCGAGCUGCGCUGUCCGCCGCGGACAACCCUCUGAAGACGGGUAAACCCUCCGCAGCAGUGGGGCCCCGGAGGAGAGGGGCGCUCGGGGAGAUCACCAACUUCCCCGGGGACAACGUCACCACGAAGAGGAUGGGAGCAGCCAAAGCUUCAGCCAAACCCUCCUGUGCUGUGAAAGCCAAACCUGCCGUGGUCCGGCCGGCUCCUCUGGUUCAGGUCCAAGCCUCCGCACACCCUGCCCCCCCCCCAGCCCCAGAGGACCCGGCGGACGUGUCCAUGAAGGAGGUGCAGGAGCUCUGCCGCUCUUUCUCCGAGCAGCUGCUCUCCGUGCAGGACGUGGACGAGCAGGACUCAGAUCAGCCGCAGCUCUGCUCACAAUACGUCAAAGAUAUCUACAAGUACCUGCACGUCCUGGAGGUGGAGCAGGCGGUCCAGGCGAACUACAUGCAGGGCUACGAGAUCACUGAGCGCAUGCGUGCUCUGCUCAUCGACUGGCUGGUCCAGGUUCACUCCAGGUUCCAGCUGCUGCAGGAGACUCUGUACCUCACGGUCGCCGUCCUGGAUCGUUUUCUGCAGGUCCAGCCCGUCUCUCGCAGGAAGCUGCAGCUCGUCGGCGUGACCUCCAUGCUGGUGGCCUGUAAAUAUGAGGAGAUGUUCGCUCCAGAGGUCGGAGACUUUGCCUACAUCACAGAUAACGCUUUCACAAAGUCUCAGAUCCUGGAGAUGGAGCAGCUGAUUCUGAGGCGCCUCAACUUCCAGCUGGGCCGUCCUCUCCCUCUGCACUUCCUCCGACGGGCGUCCAAGGUGGCGCAGGCUGACGUGGAGGGCCACACUCUGGCCAAGUACCUGAUGGAGCUGACCCUCCUGGACUACGACAUGGUGCACUACCGUCCCUCUGAGGUGGCGGCUGCCGCUCUGUGUCUCUCCCAGCUGCUGCUCGAGGGGCUGACGUGGUCUCCUGCCCAGCAGCUCUACUCCACGUACGACGAGGUCCACCUGAAGCCCGUCAUGCAGCACAUCGCCAAAAACGUGGUGACCGUCAACGAAGGGAAAACCAAGUUCCAGGCCGUGAAGACCAAGUUCUCGAGCAGCAAACUGCUGAAGAUCAGCCUCAUUCCUCAGCUGAAGUCCUCGACCAUCAAGACCCUGGCCGCUCCGCUGCUCAACCCUUGAGGACAGCGUGCACUUUAUUUUAGUUUCAUGUUUCAGAUUUUAAUAAAAUGUUUUUAUAAUUUUU